UUCUUUUCGUGUUUUGCGUUAGGUUCAAAAUUAUCUACUGAUUCUCCGAAAUGCGAAAAUUUACUUACGUUAGCUGCAUUGUUUUUCUAUAUACUUAAACAUAUAAAUAUACUUUUUUUUUUGUUUAAGAUGCAAUAUUUUAAAAAAUGUUACGUUAAACUAAAUCUGUUGUUCUUGGCUUUUUAUUAACAUGAGUAAAAAUUCGAAAAGAUUGCGACAAAUAAGUUUGAUAGAAAGUUUUGGCUUCAGUAAAAAAUUAAAAACAGAGAAAGAAUCAUCUCAUAUAGAUAUGGAUAAACAGAAUCAUACAAGGGAAUUGAUGGCAGCAGCUGCUGAAAAGCGAAUUUCAUUGGCAUCAAUGAAAACUGAUAUUAAAGUUGGUGAUUCUUCCCUUAAUGGCCAAGCCAAAAGUGAAGAUUCAAUUUUCGCCGAUUCAUCUAGUUCUGAAUUGUCUCAAACACAUGAUUUGCAAGUAUCAGAUCAUGAUGAAAAUAGCCUUCCUAGUUCUUAUGAAUUAUUCUCGGAGACAGAAGGACUGACUAAUUCAAGUACCAUAAAUUCAAUUGAUUCACCAUCCAUAUCAAAUUUUUCUCAUUCUGCUGAAUUAUUUUCAGAUUCCAAUAAUCAAGAAGCCGAAACACUGUCGUCAGAUGAUGAAGAACAGGUGCAGUUGUCUUUUUUAAAUCGAAGUCCAGAAUGUAAUUUACCACUACCUAAUCUAGAGCCUUUAGAAAACCACAUUAUAAUGUUCUCACCACAUAUUCGUGAUGGUGAUGCCCCUCGACCUUAUCCUAACACUUACAGGGAUAAAUGGGAUUCUGAUCAUAUCCGUAUGCCAUGUUCCCCUCAAAAUAGAUAUCCAGUGGAGAGUUUGAAUGGUGGGAAACAAAUACAAAGCAGGUGGGAUGUAAUAUGUCGGAGUUUGAGAAGAAAUAUAGAAUGCUCAUUAGACUUAGAGAAUGCAAUUAUGAAGUAUAACAGCCAGUAUAUUGGAAGAUGGAAUUUUAAAGGCUUGCAUACUUUUUUUAAUGUGUGCCUUUCAGCUGCAGAAAGAAGCCAUUUUUUUGAAACAGUAUUGCCAGUAAUGAUUGAUAUGGCAUUAAAUCUUCCAUAUAUUUGCACGCAGCCAGUACCAUUACUGAAGAAAGAUACGGACCAUUCGGUUACUAUGUCCCAGAAACAAAUUGGUUGCCUCUUACUAAAUGCAUUCUUUUGCACUUUCCCACGUCGAACUCUUCCUGGAAGAUAUAAAAAAGAAAGGUGGAAUUGUGAAUAUGCUACUUAUCCAGAUAUAAAUUUUAAUAGACUUUUCUAUGGAACAAAAGACAACGUUCCUUCAAAAAAUACUGAAAAAUUAAAAUGCCUUAUUAAUUACUUCAGAAGAAUAACUGCAAAAGAACCAUGUGGAACUGUAACAUUUCAUCGCCAGUGUCUCCAAGAUCUGCCUAAAUGGGAGAAAUCAACUUGCAGAAUCCGAACUGUGGUCAUAAAAGGUGACGGACUUAUAGAAACUGAUGGCUGUGGCAUGUUGCAAGUUGAUUUUGCUAACAAAUUUGUGGGUGGAGGUGUGUUAGGACAAGGAUGUGUACAAGAAGAAAUUAGAUUCGUCAUUUGUCCUGAACUCAUAGUUUCCCGUCUCUUUGUGGAAUGUUUAGACUUUAAUGAAGUUUUGAUUGUAACAGGUGUUGAACAGUAUAACAAAUACAGCGGCUAUAGUGAUGGCUUCAAGUGGGAAGGCAAUUUCGAUGAUCGGACUCCAAGAGAUGCUUGGGGCCGCAGAUGCACUCAAGUAGUUGCUAUGGAUGCUAAGCAUUUCCGAAAUCCUGCUGAACAAUUUAAAGAAAUGUACAUUACCAGAGAACUGAAUAAGGCUUUCUGUGGAUUUUAUGAAAAUGCUUUGCCAGAAAAUUUACCUGCUGUAGCCACAGGCAACUGGGGAUGUGGUGCCUUUAAUGGCAAUCCAAGCUUAAAAUUUCUAAUUCAGCUAAUGGCUGCAUCACAAGCUGGACGAAGCAUGCUCUAUUUUACAUUUGGAAAUGAAAAUUUAAAAAAAGAAUUGAAAAAUAUUUAUCACUUUGUUAAAGGCAAAAGUCUUUCAGUAGGUGAUUUAUGGAGACUGUUAAUCAUUUACUGUGCAACAGUGAAUGUAUUGGGAAAGGAGUUACACCCUACACUUGGCAAUUUUCUUCGUUCUACUUCUUUAAGUGAACACAAAAACAAUAUUGAAGCAGUCACAAAUGAGAAUCUGCAAAAUGAUAGUGAAGAAAAAGCAAUGCAAAAAUUAAUUGAAGAUGUGUGCAAUGAUGACAGUAAUACAGAGACUGAGGAUAAUGAUUUCUGUAUACAGUAAUUCUGUUCAACAUUUGAAAUUCUAUAAUGAAAUUAAUGUAAAUCAAGCUGUACAGUUUUAAGAUUUUACAUGUAUAAUUUAUUUUUUUGGAAAUGAGAAAUUUUACAUAUAUAAAAUUAAAAAAAAAUAUAUACAAAAUUUAUAGUGUG